AUGGUACAAAGGAUAAUUUUCGACACUCACUCGGCGCUCCAAGGCUUCCAACGACUACAGGAAGCUCUUGAAGCGAUGCCAAUCGUCCCGGAGGGAGGAAAUCCUGACUUUGGUCUCCCACGCGUCAAUGUUCGCCUCUUUCCUGGCCUUCAAUGGCUCGUCAUCACAGAGGACGUAGCUCAAGCUCCCCACUUAUCCGGUGCUGAUAGAGUAAACCUGGUGUUUGAUCCCAUCAGGGAUCUCUUACCGCUCAACCUCUGCUACACCGAAGCCUGUAGUUCCGACGAGGCGGAUUGGCUGACCGACCAGCUCGGUGAGGCCCUUGCGUAUCCGAAUCUGAAACUCAAGUCUCCAUCUCUCCAUUCCAGCAACUUGGAACAUGAAUUCGACAUCACGAUAGAGCCGAGACGCUACUAUUAUCGAAACUUUAUGGAGUCUCUGUUCCUCGAUGAUUUCGGAUGGGAUGACUUUGGAUCACCCAAUCCUCCUUUCCCCAGCCAAAGCGUCAAAUUGUACAAUUGCGAUGUCCCUCGCGAAGAAUGGUUCCCCUCGGCGAGCAGGAUCGGUUUGACUGAGGAAGAGAUUGAGCGGAUCGAAAUGUAUACUACCGCAGAGACAGCAUCUCCCAUCAAUCUGGACAUCCGUCUGUGCCCCAACCCCCGUUGCUCCCGAGUACCUUCUCAACCUUCCGAACGUACGAUGCUGGACGUGAAAGACGAAACUGGGGAAUCGGGACUGCAAAGAGCGAGUGUGGAGCCCCGGUUCCGAGGGUGUGCCAGGAGCCCAGGACGUCGGGCCGUUUCUCUGGGGCCUUGA